AUGGCCCCGGCUAAAUUGAAUGUUCUUGUUUAUACAGGCCUCGGUACAACCGUCGAGUCAGUCAAGCAUUGUAUCUGGUCCCUUCGUCGUCUUCUUGGUCCAAACUAUGCUGUCAUCCCAAUCACCGAGACGAUCAUCCUCAAGGAACCCUGGCAGGCGACAUGUGCUCUUCUCGUGUUUCCUGGUGGCGGCGAUCUUGGCUACUGUCAGGCCCUGAAUGGUGAGGGGAACCGUCGUAUCGGCGAUUAUGUCCGUCGAGGUGGCUCGUACCUGGGCUUCUGCGCAGGUGGUUACUACGGAACCCAGAGGUGUGAAUUCGAAGUUGGGAAUAAGCCUAUGGAAGUCAUUGGGAGGAGAGAGCUAGGCUUCUUCCCGGGGACUUGUCGAGGUGGUGCCUUUAAAGGCUUUGAGUACAAAAGUGAAAGAGGAGCUAGGGCGGUGCGUUUGAGUGUGCCGAAGGAUGCUUUUGAGCAAGAGGUGGCUUCUGAGAUUAUCUCCUACUACAACGGAGGUGGUGUCUUUGUUGAUGCUGCUUCGGUCAAGGAUAGGAAGGUUGAGGUAUUGGCUACAUAUGAUGAGGAGAUCGAUGUUGAUGGUGGCGAUGGCAAAGCAGCCGUUGUCCUCUGCACGGUUGGCGAUGGCAAAGCCUUACUUACUGGACCUCAUCCAGAGUUUGCUGCAAGCAAUUUGAACUCCCAGCCAAGUCUUCCCGACUACGACGAGCUAAUCAGUCAACUCGCAGCCGCCGACAAAGACAGAGCUACUUUCCUCAAGGGCUGUCUAACAAAACUCGGCCUCGAAGUCAGCUCCCACGACAACGGAGUACCAUCUCUAUCCAGACUUCACCUCUCCUCCAUUUCCGACACAGGUGUAUCUGAGUUACUAUCCGACUGGAGCGACAUCAUCAAUAAAGAAGACGGCGAGGAGUGGAUCCGAGCCGAGACGGAUAACUUCCAUAUCCAGAAUGAGGAGACGAUCUGGAAUCUUGAAGGUCUUCAACAAUCUCUACCUGAUACAACCGAAGCCAGUAUCUCAGAGAAUGGUAGUAUUGACUACAGCAAGAUCACCAAGAAGAUCGUCCCUCAUGAAAAGGGCCUUCCUCAUCCCAAGCUUACACCGCACUUUAACCAUGGUCUAUUCUUCUCAAGUCUAAAGCGAUAUCGACAAAUUGAGCCGACGGCCAGGGCCUGGGGUGAUCUACUCAUGUAUGGUGAAGUGGUGACUAGUACAAACACCAUGCUGGAGAAAAACCCAAAGCUCAUGCCGAAACUUCCAAGCGGAUUUACCGUCUCAGCCACAACCCAAGUCGCCGGUCGAGGUCGCGGUUCCAACGUCUGGAUUGCCCCUCCAGGCAUGUUGAUCUUUUCAACUAUCAUCAACCACCCAGCCCAUCUCGCAGUGAGCCAUCCUGUUGUGUUUAUUCAGUACAUCGCAUCUAUUGCCAUUGUGGAGGCUGUCCAGUCUUAUGAUCGCGGCUACGAUAAAAUUCCCAUCAAAAUAAAGUGGCCCAACGAUAUUUAUGCGCUUGAUCCUACACGAUCACAAGAGAAACCACAUUACUCCAAGGUCGGCGGUAUGCUCUCGCAGUGUGUCUACUUUGACGGAAAAUACCAAAUCAUCUUGGGUAUUGGUCUCAAUACUCUGAACUCCCGUCCUACAAUGUCCAUCUCCGAUCUCGUCCCCGCGGGUGCUCCAGAACUUCAUCUCGAAACUCUACUAGCACGUGUUCUCACACGCAUAGAAGCUAUCUACGCUCAAUUCCUUCGCGAAGGUUUCUCAAGCGGUCUUGAGGCACGAUACUACCGCCACUGGCUGCAUACGAGACAAGAAGUCAGUCUUGAGGCUGAGGGUGGCGUGAAGGCGCGUGUGUUGGGAAUUACGCGUGAUUGGGGCAUGUUGAAGGUUGAAGAGAUAGAUGCUAGUGGAAGGGCGAUAGGAAAGACUUGGGCGUUGCAGAGUGAUGAGAAUAGUUUUGAUUUCUGGAAGGGGUUGGUUAGGAGGAAGACUUAA